AUGCAUGUUGAAGCGUCCACGGAGCUACUGGUGAGGGUCUUCACGCUCAACCCUAACCCUGCGUCGGGCAAAGCACUCGCGAAACCCGGGGAACCACUGGUGAUCAGCUGCGAUCCUCUCGACAAGACCAAGAAGAUUACCUGGAUGAAAGGCACCACAGACAUACCCUCGGACGACGCCAAGCUCUCUGUCGUUGAGAACGGGACGUCAAUGCUGACCAUCUCUAAACCGACCGAAGAAGACGCGGCAUCCUAUUCCUGCAACGACGGGACCGACACCAAAACCAUCGAAGUCUUCUACAAAGUGACUGUGACCACGGACGAAACGCACACGACCGCUUCCUCCGCACUGGUAGAGGGCAAAGAGGUCUGGAUUGCCCUGAAGGUCACCGGCGUUCCGGCGCCCACACUGGCGUGGACCAAAGAUGGCGCGGCCUGGACGAUUCCUUCCCACGUGACCGCGGAGGAACACAACAAGAUCCCCAACGCGAUGCUACACUUCAAACCGAUUAAGGUGGAAGACGAAGGCACGUACACCUGCAACGCCACCGGAGCCGGCAUGGGUACUCCGAAUCCCCCAGACGUGGAAACAUUUGAGUACAAGCUUAAAGUCAAGGGAAAAUAUGCGGCACUCGUGCCCUUUUUGGCCAUCUGCGCCGAGGUGGUGAUACUGUGCGCGGUCAUCUACUUUGUGGAGAAGAAGGCCCUGAAGGCCGAGGAGCCGGCUCCACCGACAGUGGCGGUUGUGGAUGCGCCCGAAGGCGAUGAUGCUGCCGCCGUACUACCUGUUGACGUAGUUGUAUCGGCAGAAGCAGUUGCCGAUGUUGGACAGAACUUGGAAGCACCGGCUGAAAACUGA